AGAUUGUGUGAUCGGAUCUCUUCGUACCAUUUCCACAAUUAGGAGCGGCAAGUAAGCUAGAGGCCAAAUGGGCAAAAGCUCGGAGUAGCAGGAUUCAUGUCCCUCCACGCCCAGCUUACUUCACUCUCUGCCUAGAUACUCUACUGUACUGAUACCCUUGUGCUUUCCUUUCUCUCCCUCCAUCCACUUCACAGAUUCUCUUCAUCGCACCUUUUCGUUUGUUUUAGAUUUCGGAUUAGAUUCCUCCCUAUAAAUCUCCCCCCCCAAUCAUGGCGGCAGCCCAAUCGCCAUCACCACCCGAUCUUUCCACCGGUAACAAUUUUCUUCAUCAUCCCUUGCUCUUUUAAUUCUCUAUUCAUCUCGUUCUUGAUCGUUCGGUCUUCCGACUUGAUCUCGAUCGAUCUGUCCUGUUUGUGCUUUUGAUUUGAUGGCCCCGAGUUGUUUCGUGGGUUGAUGGGGGAUGGAGUCGAUUCUGAUAUGUGCGAUCUAUGCCGUCUGUGUUGUGUUGUCUGGUCCAUUUGAAUGGUUUCUCAAAUCUUGAACGAUUGUGGCUCUUGUGUUGUUUACUGCUGAAUUUAGGAUCUUUUCUGCAUCUGGGGAUCGUAAAGUUAGAAUCUUUCUUUGAUUUGAGUUGCUGGGAUGCUAUCGAAGGGGUAACUGUAGUGAUCUCAGAUCCUGGUGAUAUGAGAUAUCCGGAGUCUUGCUUUAUCAAAAUUGUAGCGUUCUGAAUCUUAUGAAAUGUCAAAAAUCGAGUAGUUGGAAAAAGGAGAUUUGUGAUUGGGGGAAACCAUGAAAUUCAAUUGAGAUUGUGAUCUAUGUGAACCUCUGAGGAUGUUAGCAUGGCUCUUAGAGCAGACAAAUUCCUGUAUACCUGUACUGUCAUUUGGGUAUUGAUUAAGAGAGUUUGGUACCUUCCUAGGCGCAUGGCUUUAUUGUUUUUGGUAGAGCAAUAUGGGAAGUCAUAGUGGUCAUUCGAAUGUUUAAUUCUCGGUUUUGUAUCGCGAUCAAGUGAUUUUUACUAGAUCUGGCUGCUUCUUACUUCAAGAGUAUUCACAUUCCUUAAUUUAUCAUGUGUACCUAAUAGGUGUGUUUGCGUGGAUUUGUGCGCAUAUUCGUUGCUUCAAGUUUUGCUAUCAACAGUUUUAAGCUUUGGUUGGUCAAAUAUUAUGUACUGCCUGUGUUUGUAAGGCUCUUCUGAGUCACUGAGCAUAUUGAUCAUGGAUGCAGAAGAAAAACUUCUUGAACCAGAUAACAUGAAGGAGCGGCCCCUGUAUAGCAACCAAAAUGAGAUAUCAAUUUCUUCUAAUUCCUCUCAGGCUGCUGCCACUAUAGGUCAUCCGAGGGAUGCGGGGCAGUUUGGAUCUUUUGGUUCCAAUGGAGAUCAAACCGUCUAUCCUCCAAAUAUGUAUGCUCCUCAGCCUCAGGCUUUCUACUACAGAGGGUAUGAAACUGGUGAAUGGGAUGAAUUUCCUCCUUAUAUAAAUGCUGAAGGACUGGACAUGGGAUCAGCAGGCAUCUAUAAUGAGAAUCCUUCUCUUGUAUUCCAUGGUGGAUAUGGCUACGGGCCACAAGUUCCAUAUGGGCCAUAUUCUCCUGUCACACCACCUUUACCUUCUGUAGGUGGAGAUACACAGAUGUACCCUCAUCAACAAUUCCAGUUUUCAGGCCCCCCUUAUUACCAACAGCUUGGUCCUCCUAACAUGCCAUAUAUUCCCCCACACAAUCCUGUUUCACAGCCUGAAUUCAAUACUUUGCCAACAAUGGAUCAUCGAGGUGAGAACAUGCUAUCUAGACCAAGGCCUACUUACCCUCUUCCCUCAGGAGCUUUUGGUAGAGGCAAUGCUCCUGGCAAUCUUGGUGGUCUUGGUUUUCAUGAGGUGUUUGAUGGAUUAAGUUCUGGAGGGAUAUGGUCUGAUUACUCAAAACCCUCUGAUAGGCACAGGCCUUUUACUCCCUACUCACCUGCAGUAUCCCCGCAACCAACCGCUCCUUUCGGGUCAUUUGGGCAGAAUGUUGGAAUGGCACCUCAACAUCAAAGAGCUUAUGGCUUUGGCUCUGGUUCAAGUUCCAUUGGUAGAGGUUAUACAUAUGGUGGUUUUAAUCAAGGGCCCAGCUUUGGUAAUGCUUCCAUUAAGGGUGUGGGGACAAACACUCGUGGUUGGCUUUCCUUUGAUAAUAAUAGAUGGCGUGGAAAUAGUGGUGUUUCUCUGUGUGGCUGCAAUGGGAACCUUGAUAUCCUUAGUGAGCAAAACCGUGGACCAAGGGCCUCAAAGCCUAAGAGUCAAAACACAACAGAGCAAACUGGUGCUUCAGUUGACAGUACCAAAUGCAGCAAACCCGCUUCAAAGGUCAAUAAUGACAAUUUGUACAACCGGCCGGAUUUCAUUACUGAAUAUAAGGAGGCAAAGUUCUUCAUUAUCAAAUCGUACAGUGAAGAUAAUGUCCACAAGAGCAUUAAAUAUGGUGUUUGGGCUAGCACACCCAAUGGAAACAGAAAAUUGGAUGCUGCUUAUGCUGAAGCUAAGAACGAAGAUCCUUGCCCAAUUUUCCUCUUAUUUUCAGUUAACGCCAGUGCUCAGUUUUGUGGAGUUGCUGAAAUGACUGGACCAGUAGAUUUUGAGAAGAGCGUUGAUUACUGGCAACAAGAUAAAUGGAGUGGGCAGUUCCCUGUUAAGUGGCACAUUAUCAAGGAUGUCCCCAAUAGUCAGUUCCGCCAUAUAGUUCUGGAAAAUAACGAUAACAAGCCUGUCACUAAUAGUCGGGACACACAAGAGGUGAAACUCGAGCAGGGCAUCGAGAUAUUGAACAUAUUCAAGAACUACGAGACAGAGAUGUCCAUCUUGGACGACUUUGACUUUUAUGAAGACAGACAGAAAGCAAUGCAAGAAAGGAAAUCCAGACAGCAGCAAGUGACUCCCAUUCCUGACACCGUCGUUCUGGAAAACGAACAGAGAAAGGCAGUGAUCCCCCCCAGUAGUUUUAUCAAGCAGAUGUCCAAGAGCUUUGCUCAGGUGGUGCGCUUGGAAGAUGAUGCCAGCAAAGAAAGCUGCAAUGCAGGCGAGGGAGGAGCUGUUACCAUCUCGUCAGGCGGUUUCAUAGGUGCCACCGUGAUUCCACACCUAGAAGAAGUUGUGACGACGACAGUCUCCACUUCUCCUGCAACUACCGGCGUGUAGGAAGGUUGCCAGUUUGUUUGAUAUCUUCAAGUUUUGGAAGUGAUAGAAGGUUGACAUUAUGAGUUUCUCCAUGUGUAAUAUAGAUGCGAUUUGAGCAUUCAGUUUAGAGGGCUUUGCUUUUCUGUUUUCCUGGUCUCUCCCCUUUGAAUACACUGUUGUUGCUGUUUUGUGUUAUAUUUGGGUUUUCUGCUGCUUUCAGAUUGUUUAGCAAUUAUGGACACUGGAUUGUAAUAAGUUCUAGUUGAUGAGAUUGGAUGAAAAAAAAUGGUUGAAUAGUUCAUGAGAUUAUAUAUAUAAAAGAAAAUUGUGUGAAA